GGAACCCGCUCAGUUGUAGUCAGGCCGCAGACGGUAGCGUACGCGUUUUCUCUGUUCGAACUGAUCCAACUUUUCGUAAGUUCGCCAUGAUGUUGCCAUGCGUGAUCGCGGUGUUGGCUUUGGUCGGGGCUACCUUUGCGGGCCCUGAGGUCACCGAACUUAAGGUCGACGUAGUAAGCGUUCCCGAAGAAUGCGCUGUCAAGUCGAAGCACGGCGACAUGCUCACCAUGCACUACACCGGUACCUUGGACGACGGUCACAAGUUCGACUCCAGCUAUGACCGCGAUCAACCCUUCACGUUCCAAAUCGGAGUCGGCCAAGUCAUCAAGGGAUGGGACCAGGGUCUGCUCGACAUGUGUGUUGGUGAAAAACGCAAACUGACCAUCCCAUCCUCAUUGGGCUACGGAGAGCGCGGGGCCGGCAACGUGAUCCCACCCCACGCCACUCUGCACUUUGAUGUAGAACUCAUCAACAUCGGUGACUCGCCCCCAACCACCAACGUCUUCAAAGAAAUCGAUGCUGACGCCGACAACAUGCUGUCCCGCGAAGAAGUCAGCGAGUACUUGAAGAAGCAGAUGGUUCCGUCUGACGGCGCCGAGAUGAGUGAAGACAUCAAACAGAUGCUGGAGAGCCAUGACAAGCUCGUGGAGGAAAUCUUCCAACACGAAGAUAAGGACAAGAACGGUUUUAUUAGCCAUGAGGAAUUUUCAGGGCCUAAACAUGACGAACUUUAAAUAAUUUAAGCUAGAGAACUCGCUCCCGACUCAACUCUGAUUUCAUAUACCUAAACAAAUACCUCGGGAGACGAGUCGUAAGACUUGCGUGCAACUGAUUACAAUUAAAUUAUACACAGUCAUAUGUAAUUCUAAUAAUAGCCCCGCAUCGUAAUGAUGUCGAUCUAUAAUAUUUAGAGUUAAAGAGAGUAUGUGAGUCAGUUCAAUAAAGUUUUGUUGAGUCUUUUGUACUUAGUUUAUUUACUUAUGUUGUUGGUGUGCCGGAGUUUGUUAUUAGAAUAUUAAGUAAUAUAUAUUUUAAUUUACCUGAGUAUGUAUAACACAUUUAUUCCAUUUUCAGCAUAAUAUUUUCUCUCGAUGUCUAUUUUGCAUGUAAUGUAACAUUUAAAGGUCAACAUAAUAUUAUAAUCAAAUGUAGUAGAUUCAAGCAUAUAAUCACAAUAUUACUUAUUAAAAAUCAUGUGUGCAUCCGACAUUAUUGUAAAAUGUCCGAUUGUAUUAAUCUACUUAGAUUUAAUGAAUAAGUACUUUAGGUACCUACAUACAUACAGGGGUCAUGAUGCCCCGUACCCAUAUAAUCAGAUCUGUUUGUUCCAAGACUACAGCGCCUGUAUUUUAUGUUGACUAUACGAACUAAAUUCAAAUACUGUUACUCCACUUGCUAUUUUAAAUGCGUGAGGCAGUCAAUCGUAUUUUGAAUAACUUUCUGGUCCAAUUUAAGUUCUUAUGUACCUACUUUGUCUAUAUUAUCUACUUGAAUUUUUGUGUACUUAUGUAAAUACCUGUAGGUACGUCGUCUAGGACAACGAUUACCUGUUCGGCAUUCAUUCCGCUGUGGUUUUAAUAUUAAACGUAUUUAUACCA